AUGUCAAUGAGACCUUUCUUACAACGCUCUACACAAGCUGUGCGUUCUGUUCAUACCUCGGGGACAAAGGCAGUCUAUGGCUGGGGACAUACACAUGCUCUUCCAUUAAAGUUUGAUGAGGAACGCGAUGAUGCAUACACUACUCCCACAAGAUUAGACACCCUAUCCGAUUAUGCCAUUGACAAUUCCGAGGCAGUUAGUCACAUUGCGGCUGGUUGGGCUCACUCACUUAUUGGAACACAAUCUCAAGUCUAUGGCUUUGGUUUGAAUCGUAGUGGACAGUUGGGUCAUGGUCCAGAUACUUUGGUGACCAUGUCCCUGGGUAAAGCAAACCUCAAACAAUUGGCUUGUGGUCGUGAGCAUUCCCAUAUUGUGACUGAGGAACAGAAUUCGACCUCUCUUUACUCUUUUGGAAACUCAAUGUAUGGUCAAUUGGGUAUUGGAAAGAGCAAAUAUACCAGACCUGGCACUCUUUCCUUGGAGGAAUUUCCUGUCAAAGUCGAGGGAUAUCAAGGUGCUGUUACAGACAUUGCAUGUGGUUUGGAUCAUACUAUAUUCUCUACUGAUCACAACUCGUUGUAUGCUAUGGGAUGGGGAUCUGAUGGUCAAUUGGGUCUGGCACCUACAUUUACUGGAGACAAGGAUGUCCCCUCUCUGCUUCCAAGGUUGGGAGACUCCAAAAUCAAACUUUUGAGUGGAUCAACGGACUUUACGUUAAUGCUUACAGAGGACAAUGUUCUGUGGACAUGGGGAAACUCAGAGUACGGGCAGGGAAUGCAAGGCAAAAAGAUUGACCGAAUCACUGAGCCUAUCAAGGUACCUGUCAAGGGUGUAAAGGAUAUUGCUGCGGGUGGGCCAUUCUCGGUUAUAUUGACAGAGGAUGGGCGUGUACACAGCUGUGGUUAUGGUGCAUUAGGACAUGGUAAAGGCACAAUUGAAUCUUUGGUAUUGCGUGAAAUUGAGGGCUUGAAAGACGUGGAGCGUGUUUUUGCCACUACAGAUUAUGCUGCAGCUAUUACAGCUUCUGGAGAACUAUUUACUUGGGGACUUAAUGGACCUAGUGGUCGGCUGGGAUUGGAUUCUGUCGACCAUGCAUUUGUACCAAAGCGUGUUGAUAUCGACAGACCAGUGACAGAACUUGCAUUGGGUACAAAUCAUGUAUUGGCUUUGUGCGAUUGA